AUGCCGCUGAACUAUUCCAAGUGGGACAACCUUGAGCUCUCUGAUGACUCGGACAUCGAGGAGCACCCCAACGUCGACAAGCGCUCCAUGAUCCGAUGGAAGCAGCGCGACAUUCACGAGAAGCGUGAGGCCCGCAAGCUGCUCAUCAAGAAGCUGCACUCUGAGCUCGACCUGAACAAUGUCCUGCGUCCCCGCAUCCAGUCCGUGAUUGAUGGCGUCAAGGACAAGGGCGUCGACUACUACCGCUCGGUCCAGCGGCGGAUCAAGGAGCAGCCGUCCGACGAGAAGCCCGACACUGGUGCGCCGAACCAGCCGACUUACGACAUGAUGCUCGGCCAGCUUCUCAGCGACUUGUGGCGCGAGUCUGCGUGGCUUAUCGACGGUGACGCCAAGGUUGAGAACGGCGUCGUCACCAAGGGUGGCAAGAGGUUAGAGGAGAAGGACGGCGCGCCCGCCUGGUCGAACGAGGCGACGAUCCCGGACGGCAAGAAGGAGGCGAUGGCGAAGACGCUGCUCGAGCGUCUCCAGUACCACAUUGCCGAGCUCGACAAGCGCUCCGAGGCUGUCAAGAAGGAGGUUGCCAAGGAGGAGGAGGAGAUGAACAAGAAGAUCACGAGUGACACGAUUCACGACGGCUUCUCAAGUUCCGCGGUCAACAAGAGCGGACCGAGCCCGCUCGACAAGCCCAAGCCUAAGACUGCGCCGAAGAAGGAGACGGUCGAGGAGAUUGAGGUUCUGAACCCGGGUGCUAGCCCUGCUGCAGACGAGAUUGACGAGGACGACGUUCCGAGCCUGUCGACUUCUGCCCGGAAGUUCGCCAACAUUCCGAUGGGCGACUUCGAGGCCUCUUACCGUUUCAUACAGCAGGACCCGUCUGUGCUGUCCGAGUCGACGCACGAUGCUCUCCUGCUCGAGGCGUUCUCGGCGGAGCGUCGCGGGGAGAAGGACCUGGCGAAGCGUUGCGUUUACCAGUCACUGCUGGUGAACUACUGCCGCGAGCUUGGCCGCGACGGUGUCGCGCUCUUCUUCCAGCGCAUGAUCCAGAAGAACCCAAAGUCGCUCAAGAUGUUCGCGGACGACUUUAACCGGACGUACAGCCAUGUCGAGCGGCGAUCGAAGGAGCUGGCCGAGGAGGAGGGCCCGGCGGAGCGUGAGCAGAUCCAGCUCGUCGCCGAGGACCCGAACAUGAAGAUUGGCUUCAACAUUCCCGACGGCCCGCCGCCGGCCGAGCUGCGCAUCGAGGGCGAGGGCGCGGAGGAGCUCGACAUGGAGCAGGUCCGCGCCUUCCUGCAGCACAAGUGGGAGCUGUUUGAGAGCUUCCCGCCUGCGUUCAAGGACGCGCUCAAGACCGAGUCCCUCGACGAGGUCAACAAGCAGCUCGGCAAGAUGUCUGUCGCUGACGCAGAGGACGUUGUCGAGAAGCUCCAGGAGGGAGGCAUGCUUAGCUUCUCCGAGAGCGGCGUCCGCGACAUGACCAAGUAG